CCCGGUUGGGGAGCGCGUGAGCGUGAUGGCGCUGGACCUGGCGUCGCUCAAGUCGGUGCGCGCAUUCGCCGCGGAUUACCUGCGGCUCAACCGCCCGCUGCAUGUGCUCGUCAACAACGCGGGUGUGAUGCUGUGCCCCUUCAUGCUGACGGCUGACGGCUAUGAGAACCAGUUCGGCACCAACCACGUGGGCCACUUCCUGCUCACCAACCUGCUUCUUCCGAAGCUGAAAGAAACGGCACAGCAGGAGGGCACAGAGACCCGCAUAGUGCUCGUCUCCUCCAUGGGGCACAAGUUGGCGUACCCGGAUGCCAUUCGGUUUGAUGCUAUCAAUGCUAAGGAGGGCUAUGACUCCAUCAAGGCGUAUGGGCAGUCCAAGCUCGCCAAUAUUCUCCACGCCAGGGAGCUGGCGAGAAGGCUCAAGGAGGAGGGGGCAGCAGUGACAGUGAACGCGCUGCACCCGGGGGUCAUCCACACCAACCUCUCGCGGCACAUCGUGCCGCCAGGGACCAUCUGGCACACGCUUGGACAGGGUGCGUACUAUCUGCUGUUCCAGUGGUUUAUGAAGACCAUUCCCCAGGGCGCUGCCACGUCGUGCUUCCUAGCAGCGCACCCCUCGCUGGCGGGCGUGAGCGGGGCUUACUUCGGGGACUCGCGGGAGGCGGAGAGCGAGGCGAACGACCUCAGCAGAGACAUGCAGCUGGCGGGGAAGCUGUGGGACCUGAGCGAGCAGAUGGCCAGCAAGGAAUGAGGGUCUCUGGUCAGUGGUCACAGGAGGGAUUGAUUAUGGGAUAUGAUAUCCGAAGAUUGGAAAAGACUGCCUCUUGUAACGUGAUGUGAUCCUACAUCUCCCUCGCAUCCCAUCGGAUUUUCCUCAUAGCGUACGGUAUCAGUCGUGCGCUGUUCUGUGCCGUGCUGUUCAAGUGCUCAGUCUGGUGGUCCAAAGCUGUUGGGCGAACGAGACGAGAUCUGUGACUCUGAUGUGAGGUAGGCCCAAUAAGAGGUUGUACCGGUAGGUUGGCACACAAUACACGCUUUGUUGUACCAAUGCUCUUGAUGUGUUGCGUUAACAACUGGAGACCACAGCAUAGCCCAGCUCAGUGUC